AGGAGUAUUUGAUAUCUCUGAGCCAUAUUCGAGGUACAGGCAUGUGUGAAACACGGCAGUUUCUGUGCCCUUUGUUGGCUGCAAUGUGUAGGACACCUUAACAGCUGUUUAUGGAGAAUCUAAUAUGGCGACAUUGGGUAGGGUUUGUAGUAAAAUUUUGCAAUUUAAAGUAAAAUCUCUCAAGGCUAGACAAUGUUUUGUGACAUUUAGAGAUCCAAAAACUGUGCGUGUAAUAUCUACGGCAUGCGUGUGUGUGGCAGGAGGAGGAUUACUGCUCUACAUUGGGCACAGACUUGGUAAACUUCAUACUGUGCACGCCUUGAAACCGAGAAAGGUGGACGAUGAGCUGGUCCGUGCCGUGAAGCUGACGUCCCGGGAGAGGCGAUUCAUCAAGUUCGCGUCCGUGGAGUAUGAUGGCCAGCUGUACAUGACGCCCCAGGACUUCCUAGAGUCCGUCGUGGAGCAAGAACCCCGACCUCGCCUUAAGCGCCGUCAGCUGUCCGACAGAGACCUGGAUAUGAUCCGCGACAUCACCCCCAGCCUCAAGCAGGGCUCGACGCAGAUGUUCCGUAGUAUGCGAGACAAAGGUAUCAUAUCCUACACAGAGUACCUGUUUCUGCUCUCUGUGCUUACAAAGCCACAAACCGGAUUCCGCAUUGCCUUCAAUAUGUUUGACACGGACGGUAACCAACGAGUCGACAAGAACGAAUUCUUAGUGAUCCGUCGCCUGAUGGGAGGAACACUGAUGUAUGAGCGAGAGACUGAUGAGGCCACCCGCAAAGUUUUGAUGAAGCUGGUGGCGCGCUCAGUGCUAGUGAUUUACCCUGACAAGAAACAAAAGCAGCGAGAGUUAAAGGCCAAGAAACAGUCAUCACCAUCAUUUAUGGAGAAAAUAUUCAGUCAUGCCUGGAAAGGGAAACAUGGGAUACCAGAAACUAUACCUAGAGAAGAGGACAAGAGGCAGCCUCAGCCUCUUGUGGAGGAUUAUGUGGAUGAUGAACAGGGACUCCAGAGGAAGCAUGUAGUGGACACGACACUCCUUGUUCAUUUCUUUGGAAAGAAGGGGAAAGAUGAAUUUCGCUUUGAAGGGUUCAAAAGGUUUAUGGAGAACCUUCAGACCGAAGUAUUGGAAUUAGAAUUUCAUGAAUUUUCUAAGGGGCAUGAUACUAUUACUGAAGUCGACUUUGCCAAGAUACUACUACGCUACACACAUCUCGACACCAAUGAGUAUGAUAUGUACUUGGAUCGCUUACUAGACCGAAUCAAGGAGGAGAAAGGAAUCACAUUUGAAGAGUUCAGGGUUUUCUGUCAAUUCCUUAACAACCUGGAAGACUUCACUAUUGCUAUGAGAAUGUACACACUUGCAGAUCACUCUAUCUCUAAAGAUGAAUUCAUGCGUGCAGUGAAAAUUUGCACUGGAACCAGCCUGAGUCGCCAUCUAGUGCACACUGUGUUCCAGAUCUUUGAUGAAGAUGGAGAUGGGCAGCUGAGUUACAGGGAGUUCAUUGCAAUUAUGAAAGACAGGCUCCACAGGGGAUUUAAGUCAUAUGCCAAGAAUGAAGGCUGGGAUGCUUUUAAGUCAUGCGUGAAGCAAGAAAUGAAGACGCCAGUGUAAGAGAAAACUGCAUGUAUCUGAUUAAUCAUAAAAGUGUGCAGUUAUAUUGGCUCAUGAGUUUCCAAUUUGAAUGAAGUGUGAGAAAACUCUGGUUCUUUUCAUAUUUCUGAUCACUUUAUAUAAAUCAAGUUUUGUUUGACUCCAUACACUACAUGAAGUCACCCACUGUUGGAAGUGUUCAGCAGAAAAACAUUUAAUUGGUUUCAGCACAACAGUUACCUAUCAAAACAAAGAUGUGCCUAAUUCCAUAUACAAUCACAAAACUCCAGCUCAACAAAUACAAGUGGAGGCCUUCAAAAGAUGUGUACUAUAGACUCACAUACAGUUCUUUUUUACUGUUUAUACAAAAACAGAUAUAUGAAUGCUUGUCCUUGCUGUUUCCAUUCCUGCUCCGAGUUUGGUUCCACGCACGAGGGAAGAGGCAUAAGGUACUGUUUAUUAAUAAACUGAAACAAAUGCCUUGGGUCCAUUUAUGUAUCACUUUGUAGGUAUAAUACCUCAGACAAAUGUGAUUUAUAAUAGCAUUUCAAAUGGUACCAGUAUGUAUGCAAACAAUAACCAUGACAAAUUCUGUAUCUUUACACAAGUGAUUGAUGAUUCAAUAUAAAAUAUGAAAAAAAGACA